AUGUACCAACAGCCGAAUUGUGCCGAUUGCAAUACUGUUAAAAUUUGCAACUACGAUGGCACCGUUCUAACAAAUUACCGCUGCCAGGAUGUGGAUCCAACCAAGCCCUACUGUGUCGGCGCUGGAAUUUGUUCAAGCAUCCCUGAAACGAGAUAUGUCUGUAAUGGAUCAGAUGACUUAUGCCCGCUAGAUGCUCCUGGAUUUUACCCUGAUCCCUCAAACUGCACUCGUUACAUUUAUUGCGAUUCAGAAAUGUUAAGCUACGGACAAAAUUGUUUAGUUGCGAAUAAUGUGUAUAAUCAGACAACCGCAUCAUGCUUCUUAAAACGGCGUUCAUCUGAUUGUUUCCAAAUGGACUGUAGUAACAGCCGCAACAAAGAUCAGUGGUUUGUUUAUAGUCCUUACCCACAAUUAUAUUUUUUCUGCUCAGCGAAAGGUCCUUUAAUGUUCAAAUGCGCCCGUAAAACUGAUGUAUUCGAUGUAAACUUAAAGCGCUGUAUGUUCAAAUGUCCGUCCUCUGGAAGGUUUGCUCAUCCCUCUUCGAAUAUGUAUUACGAAUGUGUAAAUGUCAGCACUAGCAAGAUCGAAUUGUUUGAGCAAACAUGUCCUUCAACGCUGAAGUUUGAUGAAAUAUCUCAAAUGUGCAUUCCUGGAUUUAGCACAUAA